AUAGCUGCAUUAUUCGGCAGCUUUCAGAGAUAUUUCCCCCUUCUUCUGCUGUGAAUUUUCCUGGUCAACUUCGUUGCUCUCAUUAAUUACCCGUUGUUUAACAUCUAUUUUCUGCUUCUCUUUGGUGGAUCUGGUCAGGAACAAACACCGAGUGAAGGAAAUUUACCCCUCGAUUCGUUUUCUGGCUCAAAAUUUUAGUAAUUAUAGUCAUUCAUUCAUUGAUUGAGCUCAUUUUUGCUCCUAUUACUUGAUUUUUGACUCUGGGUAUUUCCUUGAUUCGAGUUCUGAAAUUUCUUGGAAAAGAAAAUUGUGUGUUUUGGUUGGUCUGAGAGCUUGAGAUUAUCAAGUUCCGAGUGAAGUUAGUUGGUGGGUCAGCAAGAAUUGGGAGGGUUCAAGGGGUUUUGGAUGAAGAUUUGAAUUGGGUCGGUGAUCAAAGCUGAAAAGAUCACAUCUUUUUAUGAAUGCUUUUUAGGGUUUACUGAGGUAGAUUUGAGGAAUUACAAGUUUCAGGGGUUUUGGGUAUAUUGGUGCUGCUGAUGAGAUAAGAAGGAUAGGAUGUGUUUGGAAUGUUGAUUCAGGAACAAAUGGUAUUCAGAGGAUUGUUUGGUUUCGUUGCAUUUGCCUUUCUGGUUUUUGCUUUGGUAGUAACUGGUUCAGAAGGCAAGAGGAGGGCUGAUGACUUGUUAUUGGACAGUCAAUUAUACUUGGGUUUCGUCGAGAUAAAUCCUGACCUGGCAGAGCUAUUUUGCUUCCAUUGUGGGGUAGAGUUGAUCAAUGCAAAGGAGGCUGUUGAAGAUCUUGAAUUGUAUGUAAUAGAGGACAAGUCCGGUAUCAACAAUGCAAUCAUUUCAAGAAGUAAGUUAUUAGCAAAAGAAGACAUACGGAAAACAAUCUAUGUCCUCCAUCCUGAGGUAAAGCAGACUCUUUUGGAUUGUUUAAGAAAGAAAAAUCUCCUGUUCCUUGUUUCUGGAGAAGAGGGUGGCUCAAAGCAUUGGUACUCCAAGUUUCUGGAAUUUUCAUUUGCCAGAACUGAUGAUCCUAGACGACGUCAUUUGCUUCAGAGUUUUGCACCAGCACCUGCCCCAUCCCCUUUGGCUGGAUCUCCUAUAUUUAGUCCAGGACCAUCCCCUGUUCCAGCACCCUCGAGCUCUCAGGUUCCUAAUUCUCAGCGCUCUGCUGAUUCUCCAGUUCUGCCCUUUUUCCCUCCAAAUUCCAGCGGUUCAAACUCACAACAGACAGCUAAUGGACAGUCUUCUUCAGCUCCUGAUUCUGCUACGAAUGUACAAUCAAAUAGGCAAAAUAAAUCAGUUGUCGUUGUUGCUGUUGUUGUAACUGCAGCGGUAACGUUUGUUUUUGCUGCAUUGCUCUUUUUCUGCUAUCGUAGGUUCUGUAGGACUCGCUAUGGAGCUGGAAGGAAUAAUGACGGGCCUCUUCUCAGCUUAAGCUUAAGUGACUAUUCUGUUGGUUCUUCACAUAAAUCAUUCACAUUAGGGAAUUCCAUUAACAAAGGGAAGCUUGAAAAUCACUCAUUCAAUACCAACUUAAACAAUAAUAAAAUGGCUUCAUCUUUGGAUGGUUAUUAUUAUAAUGAGUCGGGUAUUCUCAACACUUCAAAAGCUGGUACUCAAUCAUUAGGAGCUGUAGCUGGUGCUGCCAAACCCUCAGCAGAGGAUUUGGCACGGAUAUCACAUUCUUCUUUGAAGCCCCCACCUGGAAGGUUUGUCAAUCCUUCUGGACUACCUCCGUUAAAGCCUCCACCUGGCAGGGAAAAUCUCUUGCCUCCUGAACCACUUCCUCUGAAACCUUUUCCUGGCAAGGCAACUACUCCCCCGCCACCGCCUCCUGUACCACCGCCCUCUCUAAAACCUACUCCACCACCUCCCCCUCCAGGACCACCACGUCCACCUCCAGGACCGCCUCCUCCACCUAUGCCUUCUGGCAUGAAAACUGGUCCUCGCCCUCCACCACCUCCAAGAAGUGGUGCCCCUCUUCCUCGGCCACCUGCCACUGGCUCGAAGCCUCUUCGACCUCCACCUCCUGGAGCAAAUCAUCCAUCACACACUGCUGGUGAAGGGGAUGGAGCUGACGGUCCUAAAACUAAGCUAAAGCCAUUCUUCUGGGAUAAGGUUCUAGCCAACCCUGAUCAAUCAAUGGUCUGGCAUCAGAUUAAAUCAGGGUCAUUCCAGUUUAAUGAAGAGAUGAUUGAAACUCUAUUUGGGUAUGCCCCUUCUGAGAAAAACAAAAAAGAGGCCAAGAAAGAGUCAUCAUCCCAAGAUCCGUCAACCCAGUUUAUUCAAAUUAUUGAUUCAAAAAAGGCUCAAAAUUUAUCAAUUCUUUUACGAGCCUUGAAUGUGACAAUGGAAGAAGUUUGUGAUGCACUUCAAGAAGGAAAUGAGCUUCCAUCAGAGUUCCUUCAGAAUUUGUUAAGGAUGGCACCAACAUCAGAGGAAGAACAAAAACUCAGGCUUUUUAAUGGUGAAAGUUCUCGACUUGGGCCUGCUGACCGGUUCCUAAAAUUCUUGGUCGACAUCCCCUAUGCCUUUAAAAGGCUGGAAUCUUUGCUUUUUAUGCGCACCCUUCAGGAGGAGGUUUCAAUGAUUAAAGAUUCCCUCACAACCUUAGAGGUUGCUUCCACAGAACUUAGGAAGAGUCGGUUAUUCCUCAAGCUCCUGGAAGCUGUUCUUAAAACUGGCAAUCGCAUGAACGAUGGAACAUUCCGUGGCGGUGCACAAGCGUUCAAACUCGACACACUCUUGAAAUUAUCAGAUGUAAAAGGAACGGAUGGAAAAACUACUCUCCUUCACUUUGUCGUGAAGGAGAUAAUCCGCUCAGAAGGCAUAAGGGCUGCCCGUGAAGCCAGAGAGAGUCGAGGCAUCAGAUCCGAUGAUUUCCUCGAAGACCCUUCUCGAGAUUCAGAAGAAAACUUCCGUAGCCUUGGUCUUCAGGUGGUUUCAGGUUUGAGUAGUGAGCUUGAGAAUGUCAAGAAAGCUGCAGCUUUGGAUGCUGACAGCUUGACAGGGACUGUUGCCAAACUUGGUCAACAACUUGUAAAAGCCCGGGAUUUCUUGAACUCAGAAAUGAAGAAUGUAGACCAAGAAAAUGGAUUCCACCAAUCUCUGAAGAGUUUUGUGCAAAAUGCUGAGGUUGAUAUCGCAUCAUUGCUCAAGGAAGAAAAGAGGAUAAUGGCUCUGGUUAAGAGCACAGCAGAUUACUUCCAUGGGAAAGCUGGAAAGGACGAGGGCUUGCGAUUGUUUGUUAUUGUUCGGGAUUUCUUGAUAAUGUUAGAUAAGGCAUGCAGAGAGGUUAAAGAUGCGCCGAGGAAGCCAAAUAGAACGCUAAACAAGGAUGAGGGCUCAACGGUCAAACCUUCUUCAGAGCCCCACCAGUCUCCUGAUCUUCGUCAGCGGCUUUUUCCAGCCAUCACAGACCGGCGGAUGGAUAAUUCUAGUUCAGAUGAGGACAAUCCAUAGCUUUUGUUAAGAACAGGUGGGUCAGAGUAUUAAUGGAAGCUCGAUUAGAUUGAUACAAUGUUGAUUCUUGUGUCAGUACCAUCCGUUUGUUAUGUAAGGUACAUGAUCGGUUGGAAGGGUGUUGAACAGCUUGUGUUUAUACUUUUCUGCAAGGCUGAAUUUCGGUGAAUACUCACUUGAUUGAAGAAGCUAACGACACAAUAUUUUCAACACUUCACUGUCAGUGUUGUAUGGAGGAGGAUAGGAGGAAGUGUUCUGUGCUUUUAACAUUGAUUUUGCAUUCAUGUAGCUCGACCAGUUCAUGAACCGUUACAACGUCUCUAUUUUUCUAUUCUUUAUUCGUAGUUAUAUAUCCACAAUUUUGUUUAUAAUUUUCAGUGAUUGGGAAUUAAAAGUAUAGUUGGUAAA